GCUAGACGGUCUAUUGCGACCCACUUUACUGGUUGCACACAAAACUUGAAACGCGGGACCGACGGAAUAUCACAUCUGGAGCGUCUGGUUUUUGUCAUGGAUGAUGGUGCGCUAAUAGAGCAGAAAAAACGUCAGAUUAUCGACUGUGUCGAGGGCGAUUGCGACGUUACACUGCUCCGGGAAUUUUCUAUCACCCUUUAUGGUCUUAUUGAUAAUCAGGUUCGCAGAAAGGUCUGGCCAUUGAUCGUUGGUGUUUCAGCCGAUAUUUUGCCCAUUUUUGACGACGACUGUUUGAAAGCACAUCCUAGCUAUCACCAGGUCGAUCUAGAUGUCAAUCGCUUGGACUCUCUAUUGCCGGCUAACACUACCGCCGAAGAUAAGUCUGAGGUCAAAGCCACAAUGAUGCGGCUAAUCAUUUCUGUACUGUUGGACAACCCCACAGCACAUUAUUAUCAGGGCUUCCAUGAUAUCUGCUACAUCUUUCUCUCCGUCCUUGGAGAAACGGGCGCCCGAGCAGUACUUAACCGAAUUCUCCCCACGAGAUUGAGUUUGUUCAUGGAGCCUUCAAUGGAGAGCACGGUAGAGUAUAUGCAGUUAAUCUUCGCACUCCUCACCCGUCUACGACCCACGUUGGCCGCCAAUCUGGAAGCCGUUGGCCUUGGCCCGCAUUUCGCUUUGGCUUGGAUUGUCACCUGGUUUGCUCACGUGUUGCCGGAGAUGGACGAUGUCCGCCGUCUGUUUGAUCUAUUCCUUGCGACGGAUCCCAUCAUGUUGAUCUAUCUCUCCGUUGCGGUACGCUGCUCUUGUUUUUAUCGGGAAGUUGGUCCCUCCGGCUCCACCUUCGUCACAGCUUCUUCCUGGACCGGCUUCGAAUUGGCUGCCUUCGUCGACUUGAAUGCUGAUCGCCAAAUGGAUGUCAUCCAGAUUGCUGCGAAUGGAACAGAUUUGUUCGCUUCUGUCGCGCCACCCAGUGAAUCCAGGUUCAAAUUCGAUACAUCCACCGUGCCCAAUCUACCUGAGCCUAUGCUACUUUUUUCGCCCGGAUUCACGCAGCCGAUUGUCAGCGUUGCUGCGGCCGAUUUUAAUGGCGACUCGGUGGCUGACUUACUCUUACUUACGGCAACGUCCCCCAAGGGGCCCUUCACAGCGCACAUCGCUUACGGAGAAGUGGGAUCGAAGCGUGGACUUUUCGGUUUACCCACUUUUCCCGUUGGGGUCUUCACGGCACAACCUUUGGUAUGCGAUCUUAAUUCUGAUUCCGUGGCGGAUAUACUGGGCGAAACAGCUACUGGACUUCGUUUCAUCAUGUUUGGUGGACCAAAACCUCGUAUUCAACUUAUUCCAUACAAUGGACCUUCCUGGUCAACUCUCAGCUAUUCGGCUUUUGGCGAUGUCAACCACGACACUAUCCCAGACGUGCUUAUCUUGGUCGAGCAGAACGGUCAUCCCAAGAUUCAACUCAUUAUUCGUGACUUGUCUUCCAUUCCUGGCCUCCCCGACAUGUCAACCGCACCAUUGAUAGAUCUGCCACACAUCUUGAGCACUGGUAAUGAAUUGAUUCUGGGGCUCUUUGCACUGGGUGAUUUUGAUGCCGACGGAAAAGUGGACCUUUUACUAACUGCUUGUACAAGCUCUUCUUGCAUGGGAUCCAGCCACAUUUUUCUAUAUGAUUUCGCGUCAGCUACGUGGUCGCCAGUAUCUGUGACUUGGGAACCAUUCGGUGUCCAACCUCAGUACUCCUGGGCAUUGGCCCCAUCCCCCGCGGGUGUGCUGGCCACCAGUGCCCUUGUCGGCCCAACUGUUGGUGAUAUCGAUUUGGACGGCAAGCUGGAUAUUGGGGUCGCACUGACCUAUUCUGCUAGCUCUGGCACUUUCACUGGUACCGUUCCAGCUGUUCUGUUGAAUCAAGGUCGCGACGCCAAAAGCGGUUUACUUAAAAUGCUUGCUUCCCUGCUUCCAGGGGCUGAGCUCCCAGCUGGAAGCGACAGUGUUCGACAAGUGUCCUUCUUCCAUCACCAAGAUCAGGGUAAGCUGGAUCUGUUUGUAGUGACCAUGAGCCACCGAGUUCCGACUAUUUCCCUUCUCGUCCAACAAAUGGUGAACGAUUUUUAUUUUAUCAAGAUCACAAUACUUAAUGGCCUUUGCGCCGAUGUCAGUUCUUGCACAGAUCGUCGCCUACCCUACGGUUUUCCGGUCCCGGGUCAAAGCUCCUCCUAUGAAACUGAAAGUGCUAGCGGUUCCAAACUCACAUCGGCCGGCUUACUUGGUGUACAAAGCUGUUGCAGCGCGCUUCAGCUACCUUCCAUAGCCUACGGUCUCGGCCCAUUCGCCAACUAUGUGGAACAAGUUUCCGUGGCUAUUCCUCCGAAUUCUUCUAAAUUGCGCAAGUUAACGAUCCCGGCCCUGAUACCCAACUCCGAAGUUUUUGUCAACCCGUAUCCACUUAACCAACCUGAUCGGUGGACAGCCAGAUUGUUUCUACAACCACUGUACAACAUGAAAGUGUUGUACAUCGCUAUCACCCUCAUUUGUGUGUGUGUUGCCUUGGUCAUCGUUAUCGGAAUCCUUUUGUGUUUGGAGCUACGCGAAGAUCGCAAAGAGCGACAGCGCGAAGCGCAACGUUUCCACUUUGAUGCCAUGUGAUUCGUGGAUCGCUCGAACCCGCCUUCUCACUUUCCUUGUCAACCGUGACGUGCCCCGUUGCACUCCACUUUGUGAUAUCCGUUCUCCAACCAGUCGUUUACCCUCUGCCCUCACACAUUCCACACAAACACUUCGCCGUUACUUGAAGAGCCACACUCGCUUCUUGUUAUCGAGUUCGAUUUCAUACAAACCUGUAUGUGAAGCGUUUCUGCUUCAUUGUUCGCCUCUGACCUCAGAGUUCACAUAUCCUCUUCCUUUCAUUUUCUCAUUGCGUCCAUUAUGCAAUGUUCUUUGCGUUCUCAUCAGUUUUUGAUCUCUGUUCAAAUCUCUUCUCUAACAAAUCGCCUCCAUUUUGAUACCAGAAAUCGAACGUGUUGAAUGCCACAGGGUAAACGCUUACUCAUCAAUUACUAACCUUUUGACUCACGAAUUGGUAAAACAUUAACAAUAAAAUCUUGUAUGGGUUUUUAUGCCACGGUACGUAUUGGCUUGCGUUCGGCAGAGCCAAUCGUCCGAAUCCGGUUCAUUUAAACCAGAAAUGUAUGGUGUCGGCGUGGACCGCUUCAUCGUUUAAAUGAAUAACAUGAUAAAUAAAUUGGAUUAUGCUAACUCCCAAA